AAUUUGGUUUAGUGGAUAUUUAUUCAAGAUUUUUACAAAAACAAGGAAACAGAGAAGAGGAAUAGUGCUGUGCAGAUGACCUCGGGGUUCAGGCGACACUCAAAUGCCUGCUUCUUCUCUGAGGUUAUUACCAUUUCUUACUUGUUUGACGUUUAGAGAUACUGCAGGAGAUAGUUGAAAAGCAGAGGUUGCAUUUCCAGUGGUGUUUUGCUCUGCUGGUAUUUGUUCCUCCGUGCUGCUGUGCAAAGGGCCAGAACUGCAUCGAAUGGAUCUUUUCUUCAGGUUGUGCAGGCUGGCUGCCUUGAUGUCUUAGUUGCUGAUGUUGGCUGCCGACGAACCUUAUUCCUUUACAUUUGCCUGGUCCUCAUUUCACCGGAAAACACAGUAGCUGUAGCUGCACAUAGACUUUUCCUCUCUCUGUUGUCCCCUCAUCCCCCUCCCUAGACCUCUCUGGGCUUUGACGUCAUGUGUGCUCCUUUCGGUUGCCAUAGCAACCCCAUUCCCCAAGCCCUCUGUGCGUCUUCUCUGGUAGGUUCCACAAUGGUACAGGCAGCAUCACGCUGCACAAUGGUUUCCAGGCAGUGAAAGAGGGUGAUUCAGCAAGCCACUCUUCUUCUUCUAUUUUCUUUAACCUCCCCUUCACUUUUUAUUUUUAUGGGGGUGGGUGGUGCUUGCUAUAUGCUUACCUUUUUCUUUUAUUUUUUCAUUUUUACAAAUAUCCUUUUUUGUCCUCACCCCUCAAUUCCUAGGGGCUUGAGUGAGUUUAAGAUUGGGUUUUCUUGGAAAUCACCUGUCCAUCGUUAAUUUUAAACAAUCUCCAUAUCUCCAAAGAAUCUCUUCCAUAUUACAGUCUGGAAUGUGGUUAAUGAAAAACAAGUAGGGAGGAUUUCUGGGGCAAACACUGCCGGAUCAGGAUCGUAGUUCUCAGGCACGGAAUGGCUAGUGUGAGAAACACCAACGUCAGGCCCAUCUCAGAUCUUCACUAUGGCAACUCAUGCAAGAAACUGUUGAAUUAGACCCGUUUCCUAUAGAUGAGAAACCAUACAAGCUGUGGUAUUUAUGAGCCUCCAUUUCUUAUACUACUGCAGUGAACCAACAUUGGAUGUGAAAAUUGCCUUUUGUCAGGUGUGUGUUCCUUACAGGUAAAACAAGGGAUUUGAUAAACAAGUGGAUGUGUCAUAUAUUGCCAAACAUUACAACAUGAGCAAAAGCAAAGUUGACAACCAGUUCUACAGUGUGGAAGUGGGAGACUCAACCUUCACAGUUCUCAAGCGCUACCAGAAUCUAAAGCCUAUUGGCUCUGGGGCUCAGGGCAUAGUUUGUGCCGCGUAUGAUGCUGUCCUUGACAGAAAUGUGGCCAUUAAGAAGCUCAGCAGACCCUUUCAGAACCAAACACAUGCCAAGAGAGCGUACCGGGAGCUGGUCCUCAUGAAGUGUGUGAACCAUAAAAACAUUAUUAGUUUAUUAAAUGUCUUCACACCCCAGAAAACGCUGGAGGAGUUCCAAGAUGUUUACUUAGUAAUGGAACUGAUGGAUGCCAACUUAUGUCAAGUGAUUCAGAUGGAAUUAGACCACGAGCGAAUGUCUUACCUGCUGUACCAAAUGUUGUGUGGCAUUAAGCACCUCCAUUCUGCUGGAAUUAUUCACAGGGAUUUAAAACCAAGUAACAUUGUAGUCAAGUCUGAUUGCACAUUGAAAAUCCUGGACUUUGGACUGGCCAGGACAGCAGGCACAAGCUUCAUGAUGACUCCAUAUGUGGUGACACGUUAUUACAGAGCCCCUGAGGUCAUCCUGGGGAUGGGCUACAAGGAGAACGUGGAUAUAUGGUCUGUGGGAUGCAUUAUGGGAGAAAUGGUUCGCCACAAAAUCCUCUUUCCAGGAAGGGACUAUAUUGACCAGUGGAAUAAGGUAAUUGAACAACUAGGAACACCAUGUCCAGAAUUCAUGAAGAAAUUGCAACCCACAGUAAGAAACUAUGUGGAGAAUCGGCCCAAGUAUGCAGGACUCACCUUCCCCAAGCUCUUCCCAGAUUCCCUCUUCCCAGCGGACUCCGAGCACAAUAAACUCAAAGCCAGCCAAGCCAGGGACUUGUUGUCAAAGAUGCUAGUGAUUGACCCAGCAAAAAGAAUAUCAGUGGACGAUGCCUUACAGCAUCCCUACAUCAACGUCUGGUAUGACCCAGCCGAAGUGGAGGCGCCUCCACCUCAGAUAUAUGACAAGCAGUUGGAUGAAAGAGAACACACAAUCGAUGAAUGGAAAGAACUUAUCUACAAGGAAGUAAUGAACUCAGAAGAAAAGACUAAAAAUGGCGUAGUAAAAGGACAGCCUUCUCCUUCAGGUGCAGCAGUGAACAGCAGUGAGAGUCUCCCUCCAUCCUCGUCUGUCAAUGACAUCUCCUCCAUGUCCACCGACCAGACCCUGGCAUCUGACACUGACAGCAGCCUGGAAGCCUCGGCAGGACCCCUGGGUUGUUGCAGGUGACUAGCCGCCUGCCUGCGAAACCCAGCGUUCUUCAGGAGAUGAUGUGAUGGAACACACACACACACGCAGACACUCACGCACACACACAAAUGCAGACACACAACAUCAAGAAAACAGCAAGGGAGAGAAUCCAAGCCUAAAAUUAAAUAAAUCUUUCAGCCUGCUUCUUCCCCAGGGUUCUGUAUUGCAGCUAAGCUCAAAUGUAUAUUUAACUUCUAGUUGCUCUUGCUUUGGUCUUCUUCCAAUGAUGCUUACUACAGAAAGCAAAUCAGACACAAUUAGAGAAGCCUUUUCCAUAAAGUGUAAUUUUAAUGGCUGCAAAACCGGCAACCUGUAACUGCCCUUUUAAAUGGCAUGACAAGGUGUGCAGUGGCCCCAUCCAGCAUGUGUGUGUCUCUAUCUUGCAUCUACCUGCUCCUUGGCCUAGUCAGAUGGAUGUAGAUACAGAUCCGCAUGUGUCUGUAUUCAUACAGCACUACUUACUUAGAGAUGCUACUGUCAGUGUCCUCAGGGCUCUACCAAGACAUCAUGCACUGGGGUACCACAUGGUCCAUUUCAUGUGAUCUAUUACUCUGACAUAAACCCAUCUGUAAUAUAUUGCCAGUAUAUAAGCUGUUUAGUUUGUUAAUUGAUUAAACUGUAUGUCUUAUAAGAAAACAUGUAAAGGGGGAAUAUACGGGGGGAGUGAGCUCUCUCAGACCCUUGAAGAUGUAGCUUCCAAAUUUGAAUGGAUUAAAUGGCACCUGUAUACCAAUUUGUAGAAAGAACAUAUGUGAUACUUACGUAAAGUGUGGGGGGAGUGGGUAACACUUUUCAGGCACGAAAUGGUUUGACCUUUAGAAGGCAGGUGUGAAUAAAAGCUGUGAGUCUUUUCUGUGACGGUAAAGAGUAGGAGAGACUGGAGGGCAGUGUGCGGUGUGAACUAAGACUGAAAGGAGAUCACUACCCAGAUACUAGGAGACACUGGUGUCCCUAUUUUAGAGAUUUGGCCCUAUUCCCGUCUGUCAUUUCUCAAUUACUGGUCACAACAAGAGGCCACUGGAGAAAGUGGCAGGUGGUGAAGCAAGGUUAUUGUGUGUGCUUUUGAUGAUAAGAAUCUCUCUCUGGAACUGAGCAGAAUUGCCUCCGUGUGAAUUCCUUCAACAAAAAAAAUGAGCCUGCCUAGACUACUUUCAGAUUAUGGAUUGUGUUUUCCAUGUGUGGGCUGCUUCCCUGAUUCAUACUCUGCCAAAGUUUUAUUUUGAGAAAUAAUAUUACUUUCCUCUUCUGAAAUAAAAAAAAAUUAAUAAGAAUGAAACCCCCAAAGCACAGUGUGAGUCUCAGGUUAGCAUUUGAAAACAUCUCCAGAGACAUUGUUAUUCCUCAGGAAUUUCCCCGAUUCCUUAAUGUGGCUGAUGUUUCAUGUUUAUUUAUUUAUUUUCAUAAGUAUGAGCAAUCGAAGGGCUGAUCAUCGGAGUUUUGUACUGCAGUAGAUGUAAGAGCAAUAACUCUGCCCAUAAAUUUACUGCUGCCAAAUAGUUUUAGCAAUAUGAGUUUUUCUUAAAAGCCAUGAAGCAUUAAUGUCAAUGUUUAGCAAAAUCUCCUGAAUUUAGCUUAAAUUAAAUGAAAGUGCUUUCCUGAGCACUUAAGGAGGCACUGUGAAACAUCUUGGUUAUAUACAAGGCAAUACCAAGGUGAUCUCAGCAAUAAUCAGGCUUCCCUUCUUAUUCACUUCGAAGUAUCCAUCACAGUUAUUUGCACUCUGACCAUGUUGGUGCUCACCAGAGUGGUGAUAUUUCACCUGAAGAAGUGAAAGACAGGAAGUGGAUGGUUGAUGAGUGUGAACUGACUGGCAAAUAGAAUAUCCCCAAAACAGAGCAAACAAGAAUGCCAGUGCUCUGAAAACUGCCUUAAAUAUAAUAAUAAGGAACUUUCUUUCUCUCUUCAAGCAAUAGAGACCACAGGGAACUGCACCCACCUGCACCAUUGCCAUGCCAGUGGUGCUGCCAUUCUUAGAUUGUUUCACACAGUUGGAUUCAGUACACGUGGUCAUUUGUUUAAAAGAGAAGAACAUUCCUUUGUGCAGCUUGUCCCCUGGAAUAAAAAUGGCCCAUUUUCUCUAUUUUGCUACCUUUUUUUUGUUAAUAUUGCAGACAACCUGAUUGUUAAAAAUGCCUCAGUCAUAUGAGCUCCCUCUCUUUCAUAUUCCUGUUUUUUUUUUUUAAAAAAACUUCUCUCUGUAUCUCUAAUUCUUUACUGAUUUUUCUUUCUCUGUACUUUUCUCUUGAUAUAUCUGUGGCCUCUCCCCUCCCUUGCUUUAUACCACAUGGGAUUAAGUGUGGAGAGCAGGAAGCUGCUUUAAAGAGAGUCUCAAGGGGAAUUUCAUCAGCCCCAAGAUGACAUCACAAGACAGAAGGAAGUCUCCAGCCAGCAUCUUCAAAGUGCUUGACAGGCUAUCUCUCAUAUCUGCAGAAGUGGUGAAUUUCCCCCUCAGAUUAAACCAGGCAAGAACUAGACAGGGUCCCUCCCCCGCUGUUAGUACCUUCCCAAAGCUCAAUUAGUCUUACAUCUUCUGUGCAUGGCUCUUGGGAGCUGGUUAGCUUUAGCCAGAUUUCCCUUAUGGACAAGAGAAAAAUGGAACAAAUUCCUCGAAUAUAAGUAUCAUUUACAAAUAGAGGUAAGGAUUUGGCCCCCAGAAUUUUUGCAGGAUCAGUUUUAUUAGGUGAUUAAAGCAAGGCAGAUGAUGGAACAACAAAGAGAAUCACCACUUUAAAAGCCCCCCAGCCCUUUUCCCGCUAGGUCUGCUUUCCUAUAAUAUCUCUAGGAGGUGAUGAUAUUAUCAAAUUCACAGAAUAUAAUAUGCUCUGCAUUCACUUGUCUGUCUUAACACACACACACACACACACACACACACACACACCAAAUAUUUCUUAAAUAGUCACCUGUUAUUUCCCAAGAACAUCCCAACUUUUCAGGUAGGCAAGUGUCAAGUCACCUGGACAAUAUUCCUGAAAAAAGUGAAGGUUCUACCCGGGGUUGGGGCUCAUUUUUGAAUAUGAAGUUGGCACUCUGAGGAGCCUAACCUUCUGUUAGGCUUCCUUUGGGGCAGUUGGUUUGCAGUGAUCCUUAAUAAAUAGUUUGCAGUAUUUUGUAGGAAGAAUGGCUGUGUACUCAUGUGCAGGGAGAAUUAAACUGCUGCAAGAGUUUGGCAAAACCACCACCACUUUACUAUUAAUACGUCUUUACUAUUUUUAUAUGUGUUUUGUGGGUCAGCGUGUUCAAUUUUAAAUAGGAAUACACUAGCCUUACAACGGAAUUUCUUCUUGUGGAAUAAAAACUGAUAAUAAUCUUUCAUCUUCAAGAAUCUGACAACUGAGUUUUGUAGGAAUGUACCCCACAGUUGGACCAGAGCCUGGCCAGUUCCCACCAAUUGGAGUAAGCUAUUUAAUUGAGGGCUAAGAAGCUCGAUAGUUUUUUCAAUCUGUUAUCAGAAAAAUAUUAUCUAAAGACACUGAUAGCAGCUGAGUGGUAAAACUGAAAGUUGGCCUUAGUAAAUGGAACUAGUAAAAAAUAGAUAAAAAUACAUAAAACCUUUUAUGUCCUGUCAAGGAAAAAAAAACAAUAAGCAAACUUGACUUUUUUUUAAUUGUAAAUAUUAAUUGCAAAACCUAAAUUAUACAAAAUCUAUUUCAAUUUGAAUCUCUUAACAUAUGAAAAGCCACAUCUUAAGUGCAUUAUGCUCUGUAAGGCAUGUUAUUAGCCAGCUUUGCUGAAAAAUGUUAUCUUCUACAGCUCAGAAAGAGGAGUAAAAUUGCUCUAGAAAUUUUUGAUCUCAGCCACUUUGCGUCCAAAGAGGAACCCAACUCUCCACUCACAAUCCCCCACACACAUUUUAAUUAUAAGAGUUCAACAUUUUCCACAGAUAUCAUUAAGCCAAGCAAGGAAACUCCUCUCUGUAAAAACAACAAAAAAGUUACAAUGUAAAUAGUUAUUUUAGCCAUUUUCUUUGUGAUUAGAGGAUAAGAUUUUGUUAUUUCUUUUGGCACUUAGUCCUUUAACUAUCUGAAAAUGGCUCACUUUGACCUGUUUCUUUGGUCAGCCAAACUGAAGUGAGGGGCCUCUGUUUAUAUAUAGAAUCUUGUAUAUGUAACUUUACUUAUGUGGGACCAAUGGCCAGUAUAUUCUAAUGGACACAAAUCUCCCAAUCCUUAUCUAGGAUUAUCUGUUCACCUUGCCAUGUCCAUCUUGCAAUGAGACCUAACUUGCACCUGCCUGUUUUUCUGCAUGAUUGGACUCCAAAGACUAUUACCAAUGAUGAGAAUUGUCCUGUGUCAGUGUUUAUAAAAUGGACUUAAAGCACACACACAUGCAUACCCACAUUCACAUGCACCCUUACAGUUCUAGAUCAACCCUGGAAGGCAAAACCAUGUACGUCCAGUUUCUUUGCAAGGUCUGAGCAGUGAGAACUAAAUUCAGUCAGUCUAAUGGGUAAAAUGCAACCUCAGUGAUGCUUAAUAAGGAUUUGAAAUCAUUCAAGUCAUUUCUGUGUUCUUUCUCACACCCUUUCCUUUCUAUUUUCUUAAUGUCUGUGGAACAAGGGGAUGAAUCGGGGGAGAACUUCUGCUUCUUUUGACUCUUUUUAGGUAAUAUGGAGUCAAUAUAUUGUGAUUUCUGUUUCUUAUGGAUUAUUAAAAUCAGAGGAAAUCUGCUUCUCUCAACAUAAAACUAAAUCCAAACCCAGACAUUGUUGGAGUUUGCCUGUUGACAAUGGUUAUGAUGCUGCUCGUUGUCUUGAGUUGCAUGUAUCGACAGUAGCUCUGAAGGGUCUCAUGAUUUCAUUUUGGCAACUGGUAAAAGAAACUUGUAGUGUGGUCUGAUUGUGCCAGGGAAUAAAUAAGAAAUAAGGAAUGA